UACCUACAUCGUUACCAUACACGUAGAAUUUGAUCUUUACCAUACAUGAAUUCCUAUAAAAAAUCGUUGCAAAUUUUCGAGAACCUCUAUUGCGAGUAUAACACUUUUGUGUCGAUCCAUUCCAUUGCACGGUGACGAAAAUUAUAUGUUUAAAAUUAUGGAAUACGAAAGCGGUGUUCCAUACAAAGUGGGUAGAAAAGGGAUCAUUUCAAACGAAGAACUAGAGUACUGGAUGACUCGACUUCCGGAAGUUAUAAGAAACGUACCCAUAAUACAACUGGCAAUACCCGGUUCUCAUGAUACGAUGACUUACACUAUAAAUCGACGUAACGACGUGGGGCCCGAUGAGCCAAACUACAUCAGAGCUCUUGGCCGUUACUGCUCACUCGUUUCUAAACCCAUUAUUUUUAAUUGGUCUAUUACGCAACAUGACAAUAUCAAGGAUCAGCUCAACGGAGGAAUCCGAUACCUAGAUUUACGCGUUGCAACAAAACCACCGAACGGAAACAUUUAUUUCGUGCACGGCUUGUAUGGGUCAACAAUAUACCAACCGUUACAAGAAAUGGCAGAAUGGCUGUCUUCUCAUAACAACGAAAUUUUAAUCAUAGAUUUUCAACAUUUCUACGCGUUCUCGGACAUGGACCACCGCCACCUUGUGGACACGAUUUUCCGUUUAUUUCAGAGAAAACUAUGUCCAAUAGCCUCGAGCUUUGAUCACAUAACACUUAACUGGCUUAACUUGGAAAAGUACCAAGUGAUCGUUAUUUAUAGAAACAUUUAUGCGCAAAAUUAUUCGAAUUUGUGGCCAAGCGGGUUAUGGCGUACGCCAUGGCCUAAUACUACUCGUGUUGAUGAACUUUUAGAUUUCUUAAAUGCUGAAUUGCUGGCGCGACCAUUGGAGAUUGGUUUCGUAUCGCAAUGUGUUUUAACUCCAGAUGUCUCUUAUGUAUUAAAACAUCUGUGUGGAACGCUGCAGAGGAAUUUAGUUCCAUUAUGUCAGAAAGCAAUUGUAUCUUGGAUAGGUCAGAAACACCCCGGUCGAAAUGGAUUGAAUAUAGUUAUUGCUGAUUUUGUAUCAGAUAAUAAUUUUUUAUUUUGUAAGAUCAUUAUUGAUAGUAAUAAAAAGUUUUUCCACUCAUAG